GUGGGUGGCGUGAAUGCCCCCGUGGGGGCCUGGCCCUGGACCGUCAGCAUCCAGAAUCCCUGGGGAGCGGGCACCGGGCAUUUCUGUGGAGGGAGCCUCAUCCAUUCCCAGUGGGUCCUCACCGCAGGACACUGCGUCGACUUCUACCGGAGACUGCCGUGGUUUCGGGUGGUGGUCGGGGCCAACCAGCUGACUCUGACGGGCCCCGAGGUGCAGGUGCGAUACACCACGCGGGCGCUGCUCCACCAGAGCUACUUCAACGUCACCGACUACGACAUUGCCCUGCUGGAGCUGGACCGGCCCGUGGAGUGCAACCAGUACGUGCAGGUGGCCUGUGUGCCUCACCCCGCCGACGUGCUGGUGUCCCAGCUGAGAGACUGCUACAUCGCUGGCUGGGGCCACACCACCGCACGAAGCUCCUUCCCUGCCCACGGAUCCGACGUGCUGCAGGAGGCCAAGGUGCGCCUCAUCGAUGCCAGGCUGUGUAACAGCAGCCAGUAUAACAAUGGCUCCAUCCACAGCUACAACCUGUGUGCCGGCUACGCGCAGGGCGGCAUCGACGCCUGCCAGGGUGACAGCGGGGGCCCGCUGGUCUGCAGAGCUGCGGGCGCCAACUUCUUCUGGCUCGUGGGCGUGACCAGCUGGGGGAAAGGCUGUGGCAGAGCGCACAGGCCCGGGGUCUACACCUCCACCCAGCACUUCUACUACUGGAUACUGGAACAGAUGCGCUCAGCAGGAAGGGCUGCUGCUCUCACCCGGGCGUGGAGACGCACCGACCGCGGCACCAAACCCGGCGUGGAACUGGAAUCCAACCAGCUCAGGACCCUUUACCUGGGCAACAUUUGCCCCAACUGCAGCACCAACCGUGGCACCAAACCCAUCGUGGAACUGGAAUCCAACCAGCUCAGGACCCUUUACCUGGGAAACAUUUGCCCCAACUGCAGCACCGACACAGGCACCGGCCCCGACACAAACCGCAGCACCAGCAGCAGCGGGCCAGGUUGGGUCCUGCCCAUUUCCCCUCCAGAAGCUCAGGGAUUUCUUUAG